UAAACCCAGGCUACUACGUGCCAACCUUCAUGGGACGUGCAGUGCUGCCAGAGUUUCUUGUGUUGUCGUUAAUUCUUCAGCUCAGGUGUUUCAGCUCCAGUUUGAACUCCUCUGGACUUGAGUAAUGAGGCAGAGCUGUGUGUGGUGUGUGGAAAGAGUGAACCCAGCCGUUACAGUUCGUAGGAAGCCUUGAAAGCAAACUGCUAGCUUCGUUUAGCUUGUUGAGCUCAGCUCGUAACGCUAUCUUUUAACCUGACCAAAUACGGUUGGCAUGGUUACUAACGUCAGUUAAACUGCGAGCUGAAUUGUGUUUUCGGUGAUACCCCGAGGAAAUACUCCAUUUGGAAAAGAGAUAUUUUGGAGUCAUAAACGGGUAACUAGAGCUUGAUUGACAGGACUGGUGACCUUCCCUGGCAGCUGGGCGUGGUGUGACUUUAUUUGGCCUUUCCAAAUUCAGUGAAUUAACCUAAUCUGACCAGAGGACUGACAUAUAACGCAGUAUGUAACAGCAGAGAGUCCUCAGUAACCUGUUUUAAUCGGACAUGUGAUUGAGUUUAUGGGUGUGUGGUCACUUGUUGUGAGAAUGCCUCGCCGCUCGGUAGUGAACUUGCUGGGUCUGGGGACUCGAGCUGUCAGUCUGCUGAAUGGAAACUCACUUCAGACCUUUCACUCUUCUCUAAAACACGCCUCCUCGCUGCCUAAAGCUGGAUUCAAACCUGAGAAAGUAGCAGUGGUUACAAAGACCACCAGGUAUGAGUUUGAGCAGCAGCGAUACCAGUAUGCAGGGCUCUCUGAAGAGGACCUCAAACACCUGCUCGCUCUGAAGGGCUCCAGCUACAGCGGCCUGCAGGAAAGACACAAAAUACACACCAACAACGUGGAGCACAUUGUGAAGAGCCUGCGGAGCGAAGGCAUUGAGGUUCGGAUUGUGAAGAGGGGAGAAUAUGAUGAAGAAGUGGUCCGAUGGGCCGAUGCCAUCAUCUCUGCUGGAGGUGACGGACAAUGCGCUUGUUGCCAGAAGGUUAAGCAAAGACAAACCAGCGAUGGAGGAACACGGACCCGAAGGGUCAGAAGUCACCUGGCCUGCCGGCCUAACACCAUGCCUUCCAGAAAGCCUGAAGAAGCCGGUUCGUGA